GCUUUCUCGGCUCCUCCCUCGCGCGAGCACCGCCUCCUCUCCUGCGGCGGGUGAGACCCGAGCGUCGGAGUCAGGAGCGCGGAAUCCGGCGAUGGCGGGGCCUCCGGCGUCUCUGUCUGCGCGGGACGUAGGAUCAUUUGCAUAUCUUUCAGUUAAAGACAGAUCACCCCAGAUCUUAACCAAAGCUAUUGAUACAUUGCAUCGACAUAAAAGUGAAUUUUUCGAGAAACAUGGAGAGAAAGGCCUGGAAGCUGAAAAGAAAGCAAUUUCUCUUCUUUCAAAAUUACGGAACGAAUUGCAAACAGAUAAACCGAUUGUUCCUUUGGUUGAAAAGUUUGUUGAUACUGACAUAUGGAAUCAGUACCUAGAAUAUCAACAGAGUCUUUUAAAUGAAAGUGAUGGGAAACCAAGGUGGUUUCUCUCACCGUGGCUAUUUGUAGAAUGCUACAUGUAUCGUAGAAUUCAUGAAGCAAUUAUCCAAAGUCCACCAAUCGAUGACUUUGAUAUAUUUAAAGAAUUGAAAGACCAAAAUUUCUUCGAAUCUCAGGAAUCUGUCAUUGCCUUAUGUACUCAUCUGCAAGAGUUGAGGAAAACUAUUGAAGACCUAGAUGAAAAUCAACUGAAAAAUGAAUUUUUUAAAGUUCUUCAGAUUUCACUGUGGGGAAAUAAGUGUGAUCUGUCUCUAUCAGGUGGGGAACAUAUUUCUCAGAAGACCAAUAUAAUGAAUUCAUUGGAAGACCUAAAACCUUUCAUUUUAGUGAACGACAUGGAUCGUCUUUGGUCAUUGCUAAGCAAUUGCAAGAAAACAAGAGAAAAAGAAUCUGUUACUCGAGUGGAUAUUGUUCUGGAUAAUUCUGGGUUUGAACUUAUUACAGACUUAGUAUUAGCUGACUUCUUGUUGUCCUCUAAACUGGCAACUAAAAUCCAUUUUUAUGGGAAAACGAUUCCAUGGUUUGUUUCUGAUACUACUCUACACGAUUUUAAUUGGAUAAUCAAACAACUAAAGCAUUCUAAUAAUAAGUGGGUGUCCCAAUGUGGGGUUGACUGGGAAGACCAUAUUAAAACGGGCAGAUGGGUUUACCUCGAUCAUAUAUUUUGGACUCUGCCUCAUGAAUUCAGUGCAAUGUCUCAGGUCGCUCCUGAUUUACAUGCUGCACUACAAAAGGCUCAUUUAAUUUUCUUCAAGGGUGACUUGAAUUAUAGGAAGCUGAUGGGUGACAGAAGAUGGGAGUUUACCGUUCCAUUUCAUGAGGCGUUGAGUGGCUUCCACCCUGCACCUCUGUGCAGCAUCAGAACAUUAAAGGCUGAGGUUCAGGUUGGUCUGCAGCCCGGGCAAGGUGAACAGCUCACAGCUUCUGAGCCCAACUGGCUGACCACUGGGAAAUACGGAGUGUUUCAGUUUGAUGGUCCACUCUGACUUGGUGUAGGAACUUUCAGUUGUGUAGAAAGAUCUGACCGACACUCGGCAGCCCCAAGAAACCUCUGGGAAGCUUGGCUUCUCGGUGGUGAUUUGUACACUCUCCGAUGCUUUCUCAUUUGAACGCUUAGCCCCACUACAUUGUUUUGGGGCUAGGUGCACUGGUUACAGAUAACUUAACACUGAUGUUGGAAUUUCAGUAACUUAUUUCAAGUCAAAGGUAUCAUUUCAGAUGGUUUUAAUGAACUUAAUUAGGCAGAAAUAGAAGUCAAUUCUGCUUUAUAAGUUAACAUUUUAAAAAAUACUAUGCUGCAUGGUAUUUAAUAUUCUAGGAGGCAUGAAAUUUUACUUGAUUUGGGGCUCUAAGGGCUCAGUGAUAAUAUAAUAUACAUCUUAAAUAUGCUUUGUAAAGAGGGGCAUUUCUUAAUGGAUACCUGAACACGUGAAAGUAAAACUUACCUCAUAAGUUAUUAGAAUUUUUAAUUUUGUUACUGGAUUUUCAUUUCCAUAUUUAUCAUUUGCACACGUUUAUAUUUUGAUCUGUGGAAAGGGAGGUUGGAAACUCAAAAUUGAACAGAAUAAAACAGUACUUGAGGAAAUGUAAUAUCUUUACAUUCUGUUUGUGAUAUCCAUAAUCAGCUGAAAUACAUUAUUUUAACACAUAUGUGUUUUAAAUGAACAGAAUUGCUGUGCAGUCUUAAAAAAAAUCCAUUAGAUAGGAAAGAUUCUUCUGUGUAGACUUUGUACUACCAAUGAGUUAAUUCACUUUUUAUAAUCUUACACAUUUAUUGGCGAUCACUGUAAAUUUCAGGUCAGUUUGUUUUGCAACUGAAAUUGAAAAUAAAUCUGGACAUGUUUUCUUGCACCAGAAUAAUAAAAUGAAUUGUAAAUUGUA